AUGGCCUCAUUUUACGACGAAGUUGAAAUCGAGGAUAUGGAGUUCGACGAAGACGAACAAAUGUACACUUACCCUUGUCCAUGUGGUGACAAAUUCCAGAUCUACGUUGAUGAAUUGAGAGAUGGCGAAGACGUUGCUCGCUGUCCCUCCUGCUCACUGAUUAUUCGAGUAAUAUACGAUCCUGACGAAUUCGCAGAUGACGACGAC